AUGACCGAUCAAGUUGAAAAUAGUGAAAUGACCGAUCAGGGUGAAAAAAUAUAUAGUGAAUUUACAUUGGCAAGCAAUUAUGCAUCAUUCGAUACUGUUGAAGAUUUUUUAGCUACCGACUUACCUGAAUCUCCUCAAAACGCACUAAGUCAAACGAAUCCGGAAAGCGAAAUCCAAGUUGUAAAACAGAGAGAAGGUCAAAUUAAUAAAGGGAUUGAAGGUCAAAACCAACAAAUGAAUAAGGAAGCAUUGGAAAAAUUCCUUACUGGCAAU